AUGGACGCCAGAAUCCCAGACGAUACCGAUGACUAUUUGGCUCCCGAGGUGGAAGGGGAGGGCAGUAGCUUCUGGCCUAUCUUUCUGCGGGCCAUAAAGACAAAGAAGGACAAGCUCGCGCAUUAUAAUGCCAGAGCAAUGACUGCGCUCUUAACCUUCGCCGGUCUCUUCGCCGCCACAGUAGCGGCAUUCCUGGUGGACAGCUACAAGAACCUCUCUCCUGACCCAAACGCGCAAACGAUCAUGUCUGCGCUCAACCAGACGAAUGUGCUUCUCGCUCAGCUUGUGCAGUCGACACAGAGCACGCCGAUCGUGUUGGCCGCGCCGAAGCCCUUCGAGCCACCUCCACACGUUGUUCUCUAUAACACGUUCUGGUUCCUUGCCCUCCUCCUCUCCCUCGUGAGCGCUCUGCUCGCAACGAUGGUCUUGGACUGGAUGAGCGACCCUAUCGCUGUCAAGAGGCGUCACGCGCCCGAGACCCUUGAGGGGUAUUCCCUCAGGCAACUUGCGGCAUUCAUGGGCAUCCACACCUACGGCUUAGAUCGUCUUGCAACGCUCGUCGUAGGCUUGAUGCACGCCGCUGUGAUACUCUUCCUUGGGGGACAAGUCAUAUGGCUGGACUUUUUUUCUUUGAGUGCAAAAGGGUCGCGGCGCAGCCGCCGACCUUUAAAUCAUAGUCCCGUGUAG